AUGCGUGACCCACUUGAACGCCUAAGCGUCUCAAGCAUUCCGCGCGAUUUGGAGCUACACUCGCUUGGCAUGCGUGUCGCGAUAGUUACUGGCUCAAAUAAGGGAGUUGGCUUUGGAAUAGUUGAGAAGCUAAGUAGGCAGCUAGAUCGCAAAGUCUGGGACGUGUAUCUUACAGCCAGGGAUACCGAUCGCGGUCAAAAGUCCGUCAACGAAUUGGCUGUAAAAGGUCUAGCUGUGAAAUUCCAUCAACUCGACAUAACCGACCCAGGUAGUAGGAGCAGAUUGGUGGAUUUUAUGCGCAAUAACUACCCAGAGGGAGUUAACAUAUUCGUCAACAAUGCCGGCAUAGCGUACAAGUUUGAUUCAACGGCUCCUUUUGGUGAGCAAGCAAGUGUCACCAUAGCCACAAAUUUUACUGCCACUAUGGCCAUGUACCAUGACAUCCUACCUAUUCUUGCUAAACACGCUAGAGUAGUAAAUGUGUCAAGCAUUGUCGGCCUAUACAGUCUGAAGAAGUUGGGUCCCGAGCUGUAUGAUAAAUUUACAUCUCCAAUGACUACGGAGGAGCUAGAUGUUCUCGUCGAGGAAUUCAUCAAACUAGCUCAGAAAAGCGAGCACCAAUCAAAAGGAUGGCCGGACAGCGCCUACGGUGUCUCAAAAUUGGCCCUAACGAAGGCUACGUUCAUAGAGGCCGAGAAACUCGCCCGGGAUCCGCGCAAAAUCCUGCUUAAUUGUGUAAUAAAUAUGCCAAAUCUUUGUGAGCCUUGCUCAUUAUGUCCAUUCCAGUGCUGCCCUGGGUACGUCGCAACCGAUAUGUCAAGUCAUAAAGGAACUAAGACAAUAAUGGAAGGCGCCGAUACGCCCUCGUAUCUAGCCCUCCUUCCUGAGGAUACGUGCGAGCCUUCCGGCAAGUUCGUGUCCGAGAGAAAGGUGGUUCCUUGGUCAAAGGAGCCGCUAGUCUAA